AGUUUUGAUUCUUCAUUAAGUAAUGAAGAAAGGGAGAAAAGAAUACAUCAGGCAGUUGGCAGAGCUCAUUUUGUACAAGAUCUGCUUCUCUGUAACCUUUUGGACGAUUAGUGAAGCAAUUUGUUACAAAAAUAAAGGUAACUGAGUUUUCUAGUUUCCGAAUGAGGGUAUAUUUGAGAGCGGUCAAUUGUAUGAUUCCAUGUGAUGGCUACUAGAAUCCACAUGCAACGAGAUUAAAUUUUCAAUGUGUGUACAUCAUAUAUCCCUUCACGAAACAUACAAACGAAAAAAAAAAGAGAAAUCUUGGCUACAUUUUGAAGAAACGAAAGUCUUCAUGGCAAUAGUUUUUGCCAUUUGCAAUUUGGUUUUAUUUCUGCCUUGGGUGGUUUGUGGGCAAUAGGCAACAGCACAGAGGAAGGCUGGUAGUAUGUUGUAUGUAGUUGUAAAGUUGAAAGGUAAAAACAGUCUUCCAAGAACAAAUUGAGGAUAUGCCUACAUACUUUUUCCCUCUUUGUUUUAAAGAAGGAAAAAGUGGAACACCUUUGAUUGUAUGACUAUUACUACUUAAUUGACUUGUUCUUUAUUGUAACUAAGUUGACAAAGAUUUCUUUUAACAUACAACCUUCAAGCAUGUUAUCAUUUACCUCUUCCAGCCCCUCUUGUAUGACGCCGUCUUACCGUGACAUGAGUUUAUACAAAAGGUCCAUUAUGCUAAAAAAAUUUUAUUAUACUAUUUAACUCAAAUAUGAGGCACAUGUCGCGGUAAGAUGGUCUCAUAUAAGAAUUUGUAAAAGUAAAUAACAGUUAAAUCUUUCUUAACAAUAAGAUCACAAACUUCUAUAUAAGUUAUAUUUUGUGUGUUUCCCUAACCAAGGGAGUAGUUAUGUUUCAUAUGUUCUCCCACUCCCAACCAAGGGAGUAAUAUGUCUCCUCCAUUCUCUGAAAAUUUGAAAUACUUAAGCUAAAAAAAAAAUUAAUUAAAUAAACUAAGAAUUAAAAAAUUUUCAAAAAUAAGCGUGAAAAUAUCAAACAUAUGGGUUGGUGCUGUUCGCAGUUACUAACUGCGAACAACAAAUAAGACAAAUUAUCUGUUCGCAGUUACUA